AUCGUAUAUAUUAUCAGGAAGAAAAUUUUUUCAAAAUUGGCACUCGUGAAAGUAAUGGCUUGAUGAUUUGAAGUUAAUCUAUCCGCCACAGCCCCACAACCACCCAUUUAAAAAAAGGUCAAACCAGAGAGAUCAGCAACAAUAUGUCAACUGCAAUCCUCAGGCAUGCUUCUGAGAAGUAUAAAUAAGGUUGCCAGGGACAAGUUUUCAUGACAAGAAAACAAAUCAAAACACAUGUAUGUGGUGAAACCAAAGCUAUAACAAAAUGAAGUCAAUAAUGUUGCCAACGUUGCUAUUGUAUUGCAUAAUUUUUCAUGUAAUUGGUGUCUUCGGAGAUGUUGGGACGGCCAGUUCGUAUGAUCCUCCAUAUUUGCCAACAAAAUGCGGUGGCUACGACGAAGAUCAAUUCCCUCCGGGAGGGCUAUUUGCUGCGGUGAGUGAUGGGUUAUGGGAUAAUGGAGCAUCGUGUGGUCGGAAGUACAGGAUAAGGUGCAUCAGUGGCCCAAAGAGGCCAUGCAAGGUUAGAUCCAUAGUUGUGCAGGUUGUUGAUCUUUGCUCGCAGGAUCCUUGCCCGACCACAUUGCAGUUGUCAAACGAUGCCUUCAAUGCCAUCUCAAAGAUUGAUGCCAAAGUUAAUGUUGAAUAUGCACAGUAA